GUGAAAAUGGAUGAAUCUGUGCUGCUGGACCUGCUGGAGUGCCCAGUGUGUUUGGAACGGUUAGACGCCUCUGCCAAAGUCCUGCCGUGCCAGCACACAUUCUGCCGUCGAUGCCUGCUCGGCAUUGUGGGAUCUCGUGGGGAGCUGCGCUGCCCGGAGUGUCGCACGCUGGUGGAGAGCGGCGUCGAUGAGUUGCCUAGCAACAUUCUCCUGGUCAGGCUGCUGGAUGGCAUCAAGCAGAGGCCACGGAGAGUGGGCCCUGGCCAGGCAGGGUGUGCCAAUGGCACGGCCGUGGCCAGCAUAAGGGGACAAGGGUCUGGCCAGAGGGAGCAAGGUCCUCCUGGAGCACAGACCCAGAGAGUCCAGGCUAAGAGUACACCUGUUAGGGGGGUGCCUCAGCUCCCGUGUGCUAAGGCCCUAUACAACUAUGACGGCAAGGAACCCGGUGACCUCAAAUUCAGCAAAGGUGACAUUAUCAUCCUUCGUCGGCAGGUGGAUGAGAACUGGUACCACGGAGAGAUGGGUGGAGUCCAUGGCUUCUUCCCAACGAACUUUGUCCAGGUCAUCAAACCACUGCCGCAACCUCCCCCCCAGUGCAAGGCACUCUAUGACUUUGAAGUCAAAGACAAAGAGGCAGAUAAAGACUGCCUGCCAUUCUCCAAGGAUGAUAUUCUGACUGUGAUUCGCAGAGUGGAUGAGAACUGGGCAGAGGGAAUGCUGGGAGAUAAGAUCGGGAUUUUUCCCAUUUCGUAUGUUGAGUUUAACUCUGCAGCUCGUCAGUUAAUUGAAUUGGAUAAACCCUCAGAUGGAGGCGGAGACUCAGGAGAGGGCCCCUCCUCCUCUGCCUCCCAAGCCAAUGGCGUUCAGAAGGCAGGCGGAGAGAAGAAGAACAGCAAAAAGCGUCACUCCUUCACCUCACUCACCAUGUCACACAAACCCUCACUUGCUCCGCCCCCUCAGAGACACUCCAUGGAGAUCAGUGGGCCGGUUCUGAUCAGCUCCAGCAACCCAACUGCUGCCGCUCGCAUCGGAGAGCUCACCGGAGGACUGUCCUCUAGUGCACCUUCGCAGGUCCAUAUUUGCACAACAGGGCUUAUUGUCACUCCUCCACCAAGCAGUCCUGUCACCACAGCGACAGUGUUCACGUUUCCCCCGGAAACCAGCUAUGCUUCAAUCCCAGUGGAUGCUCUUCCUCCGCCUCCACCCCCGCCCCCACAGUCCUCUGCUUUGGGAGCGACCUCCUCAUUGACUGCUGGACAGAGACCCUCCCCCACGGCCGCCGAUCAGAGCGGACGGCAAAGGCCCACUGUGUACGUGGCAAUGUUCCCUUAUAGCCCGCGGAAAGAGGACGAGUUGGAACUGAGGAAGGGGGAGAUGUUUUUGGUGCUGGAGCGUUGUCAGGACGGAUGGUUUAAAGGCACAUCCAUGCAUACAGGAAAGAUCGGAGUGUUCCCUGGUAACUACAUGAGCCCCGUCAGCAGGACUGUUGCCAAUAACAGCCAGCCCAAAGUUCCCCUGACUCUGUGCUCUCAGGCUGGUCGCGGCGUCACCAUUGUCAGUCCCUCCUCUGCACCACUGGCCGCACUGGGAAGCGUGGAGCUCGCCAAGCCGCUCCCGACAUGUGCGGGCACUGCUCCACCCAGCCCCCUGCCAGCUGCCGUGGUGACAUCGGGCCACAUGCCACCCGGACAACACCCCAAAGUCCUGAUGCAUGUGACCUCACAGAUGACUGUUAACCAGGCACGCAAUGCUGUCAGGACAGCUGUCUGUCAUAGUCAGGACCGGCCCACUGCGGCGGUCACGCCCAUCCAAUCCCAGACCCCCGGGCCGCUUCUGCCUCACGUAGCUGUCUGUCCCCCACCCAUGACAGCUGCCGGCUCCACCCCUGCCUCCGCCCGACCAGGAAUGGCCAUGGGGUGUGCCGCCGCCUCCCUGACCCCUCCUAAUGUGAGCGCCGCGACCUUAGAGGGCGACGCUCUCCGCCCUGCUGCCCUGGUAGCACUGCCCGUCGCCCCUCUCACUGCCAAACCGCCGGGCGCCGCAGUGCCGAAUCACGGCGUUGUCUGUAGACUGGAUAAGGACUGCAAGAGGGAAAAGAAGGGUCUCUUGAAACUGCUGUCCAACAAAAAGAAGCUCCGCCCCUCACCCCCAUCGUCCCCCACGCUGGAAGCAGAGCAGGCCGUCGGCAUCGAAGCGCCCCAAGGUGCAGUGGGCCCCGACGUAGUCUCACCCACCCCUGCUGCCGUUGCCGUUGGAAACUACAGCCGAGUGGGGUCUGGUCCCACGGAGGCUGAACCCUCGGCAGCUUCUUCCACCUCCUCGUCCUCAUCCAACACUGAAUCGGCACAUCGCAAGAGCAGCUCCCAGGAGAACCCUGUUCCCAUUGCCCCUCCACCCCGCCAACCAUGCUCCUCCCUCCUGUCCAUGCAACACGACGGCCGGCCAAUCAUCUGCGAGAGGUACAGAGUGGUUGUCUCUUACCCACCGCAGAGUGAAGCCGAGCUGGAGCUGAAGGAGGGAGACAUCGUUUUCGUGCAUAAAAAACGUGAGGAUGGCUGGUUCAAAGGAACACUGCAGAGGAACGGCCGGACCGGACUCUUCCCUGGCAGCUUCGUCGACAGCAUCUGA